CAGUAUCUUUCAAAGUAGUCACUGAGCGCUUUGUGGCCCCUGUUGAUCAGAGUGAGGUCACAGAUGCUUCCUUCAGUUCUGAAGAUGGCUCAUUCUCGUCAGUCGAGUCUCCAAGCUCAGCAAGCUCAUCUUCUACAGUGAUUACAGAGAACACCAAAGCACAGAGAAGACGACUGGUUGAAGGACCACCUGACAGUGAGAUGGCAAAAAAUAUUGUCUAUGUAGCUCUGCACCAAAAACCAGGGGGAGAAGAUGUAAUAAAAGAGUACAACAAGACCAGAAGUCUCUCUGAUCCAACAAGAAAGAAACUUGUCAACAUUUUAGUGGCGGAUAUGAUUGAAAGUCAUGGGAGAGUCCCUCCUGUCAACAUUCGCAUUACCUACGCCCUGGGAAUUGUCACCCUCUUCCCCAGUUUGAAAGAUAAUGGCUCACCGACUGGCUAUGAGCAUUACUAUGAUCCUCUCAGUGGACAGGGCUAUCUGGCCUAUCGAUUGAAAACAGUUCAGCGUAACACUGCAAGUGACUUCAAGAGGAGCUCCAAGUCUGCUCAUCAAGGCGGUCCGAGAACUCUGAGGGAGACCUUAACAUCUGAACAGCUGUUUGGUGAUGGAUGCAAAGAAGCAAUGUCCAUGAUGAAACAUUCAUCAGACCAGGAAGUUGUCAGGGAGAAAAUGAAGGCAACAUUUAAGCAUAGACAGAAUAUGCUUCAUGAUCUGGACCAGUCAUCACUCAUCUUGGAUCACUUCCCAAGAUUCUUGGAUACACCAGGCUUAAUUGAGCAGGACUUCAUCAUGCUCUUUGGAGAAGACAUCUCGGGGAAGUUCAUCGCAAGAUGGCCAACAUUCUAUAAACCGAGGGUCACCACUGUCAGCAAAAGCCUUCGACAGAGUGCUCAUCUGGAUGACCUUCUGUCCACUCAGGAGGAAUCAAGUGAUUAUGAAUGGGAUAGUGACCUGGCAGCUAUUCUCCUGCUGGUUCAUCUCUUGCCUCCAACCGCGAAGGGGAAAAGACAGGGAAAAAUUAGUGCACCUGAGGCUGCUGACCGUGUUAUCAAGUUCAUGAAGGUGGGGACAAGCAUGGCGACCUUCCUUGCCAAAGUUGGAUCUGCACAGCCCUUCCUCCUCUGCGUUGGAGAAAAGAAGAGCAGGAUACAGAAAUUCUACAUCAUCCUGGAUCAGAAGCCCAUUCCCUGUGUGGCACAGACUGCAGUGGCUGCCUUCGAUGAACUGUUUAAGGCACACUUUGUGUUUGCUGUGUCCUAUGAUGCAACCCUCCUCAACUUCUACACAUUCAUCCAAACAACGGUUUAUGGCAUUGAUGUUGCAACAACAAAGGAGAGCCCCAGAGUCAAGGAAAUUAGAGUGAGGAUUAACAACACUUGAAUAUGCUAACAUGUUACAUUUGUAAGGUUCAGCACAGAAAUUGUUCAACUCUUUUCCAGCAUUUGAAAUUUAGUCAUGCUUUGUAUCCAGGGCACAAAUUGCGUUUGAAAUGUGGGGAACAUGGCUGUUCAUCUGUUUUUUACACGUAUUCUGGGUUCAAGAAGCACUUGCUGAAAGCACAUGGAGACACAUUUGCCACAGAUUCUGUUUAUAAGGGCAAUGUUGGUACAGAUAGUGUUGAGACAGAUGAUGUUUCUGCUCAUGACCCAUUGAGUAGCUCUUCUGUUGGUCAACAAAGUCAUGCUAAAAAGAAGCAGUUAAUGGAUAUGUGUAGCUCUGUUAUUGCCCAAGUUCAAGCAGCU